AUGGCUCGGCCGCUACCUCUCGGGGAGCUGCCCCCGGGCUACACACCCCCAGCUCGACCUGCAACACCCCAGAUCCUAGCUGGGAGCCUGAAGGCUCCGCUCUGGCUCCGUGCUUACUUCCAGGGCCUGCUCUUCUCUUUGGGCUGCGGGAUCCAGAGACACUGUGGCAAAGUGCUCUUCCUGGGACUGCUGGCCUUUGGGGCCCUAGCACUGGGUCUCCGCGUGGCCAUCAUUGAGACAGACCUAGAACAGCUCUGGGUGGAAGUGGGCAGCCGGGUGAGCCAGGAACUGGAAUACACCAAGGAGAAGCUGGGGGAGGAGGCUGCGUAUACCUCCCAGAUGUUGAUACAGACCCCGCGCCAGGAGGGGGAGAACGUCCUCACGCCUGAGGCACUUGACCUCCACCUCCAGGCAGCCCUCACCGCCAGUAAAGUGCAAGUAUCCCUCUAUGGAAAGUCCUGGGAUCUGAACAAAAUCUGCUACAAGUCAGGAGUUCCCCUAAUUGAAAAUGGAAUGAUUGAGCGGAUGAUUGAAAAGCUGUUUCCCUGCGUGAUCCUCACCCCCCUCGACUGCUUCUGGGAGGGAGCCAAACUCCAAGGGGGCUCUGCCUACUUGCCGGGCCGCCCAGACAUCCAGUGGACCAACCUGGACCCAGAGCAGCUGCUGGAGGAGCUGGGCCCCUUUGCCUCCCUUGAGGGCUUCCGGGAGCUGCUAGACAAGGCACAGGUGGGCCAGGCCUACGUGGGGCGGCCCUGUCUGCACCCUGACGACCUCCACUGCCCACCUAGUGCCCCUAACCAUCACAGCAGGCAGGCUCCCAACGUGGCUCAGGAGUUGAGUGGGGGCUGCCAUGGCUUCUCCCACAAGUUUAUGCACUGGCAGGAGGAGCUGCUGCUGGGAGGCAUGGCCAGAGACCCCCAAGGACAGCUGCUGAGGGCAGAGGCCCUGCAGAGCACCUUCCUGCUAAUGAGCCCCCACCAGCUCUACGAGCACUUCCGGGGUGACUACCAGACGCACGACAUCGGCUGGAGCGAGGAGCAGGCUGGCACGGUCCUUCAGGCCUGGCAGCGACGCUUUGUGCAGCUGGCCCAGGAGGCCCUGCCCGAGAAUGCGUCCCAGGAGAUCCACGCCUUCUCCUCUACCACCCUGGAUGACAUCCUGCACGCCUUCUCUGAAGUCAGCGCUGCCCGCGUGGUGGGGGGCUACCUGCUCAUGCUAGCCUAUGCCUGCAUGACGAUGCUGCGGUGGGACUGUGCCCAGUCCCAGGGUGCAGUGGGCCUCGCUGGGGUGCUGCUGGUGGCCCUGGCGGUGGCCUCGGGCCUGGGGCUCUGUGCCCUGUUGGGCAUUGCCUUCAACGCUGCCACUACCCAGGUGCUGCCUUUCUUGGCACUGGGCAUCGGCGUGGACGACAUAUUCCUGCUGGCACACGCCUUCACAGAGGCUCCACCUGGCACCCCUCUCCAGGAGCGCACGGGGGAGUGUCUGCAGCGCACGGGAACGAGCGUCACACUCACAUCCAUCAACAACAUGGUUGCCUUCUUCAUGGCUGCCCUAGUUCCCAUCCCUGCACUGCGGGCCUUCUCCUUGCAGGCAGCCAUAGUGGUGGGCUGCAACUUUGCAGCCGUGAUGCUUGUUUUCCCAGCGGUCCUCAGCCUGGACCUGCACCGGCGCCACUGCCAGCGCCUGGACGUGCUCUGCUGCUUCUCUAGCCCCUGCUCUGCUCAGGUGAUUCAGAUUCUGCCCCAGGAGCUGGGGAAUGGGACGGUACCAGUGGGCAUUGCCCACCUGACUGCCACGGUUCAAGCCUUUGCCCACUGUGAAGCCAGCAGCCAACAUGUGGUCACCAUCUUGCCUCCCCAAGCCCACCUGGUGCCACCACCUUCUGACCCUUUGGGCUCUGAGCUCUUCAGCCCAGGAGGGUCCACACGGGACCUUCUAGGACAGGAGGAGGGGACAGGGCAGAAGGCAGCCUGCAAGUCCCUGCCCUGUGCCUGCUGGAGUCUUGCCCAUUUCGCCCGCUCUCAGUUUGCACCCUUGUUGCUCCAGUCCCACACCAAGGCUGUAGUACUGGUACUUUUUGGGGCUCUCCUGGGCCUGAGCCUCUAUGGAGCAACCUUGGUGCAGGACGGUCUGGCCCUGACUGAUGUGGUGCCGCGUGGCACCAAGGAGCAUGCCUUCCUGAGCGCCCAGCUCAGGUACUUCUCUCUGUACGAGGUGGCUCUGGUGACACAGGGUGGCUUUGACUACGCCCACUCCCAACGCGCCCUCUUUGAUCUGCACCAGCGCUUCAGUUCCCUCAAGGCCGUGCUGCCCCCACCAGCCACCCAGGCACCCCGCACCUGGCUGCAUUACUAUCGCGACUGGCUACAGGGAAUCCAGGCUGCGUUUGACCAGGACUGGGCUUCUGGGCGCAUCACCCGCCACUCAUACCGCAAUGGCUCUGAGGAUGGGGCCCUGGCAUACAAGCUGCUCGUCCAGACCGGGGAUGCCCAGGAGCCUCUAGAUUUCAGCCAGCUGACCACCAAGAAGCUGGUGGACAAGGAAGGGCUGAUCCCACCCGAGCUCUUCUACAUGGGGCUGACCGUGUGGGUGAGCAGUGACCCCCUGGGUCUGGCAGCCUCGCAGGCCAACUUCUAUCCCCCACCUCCCGAGUGGCUGCAUGACAAGUACGACACCACGGGGGAGAAUCUUCGCAUCCCAGCGGCCCAGCCCUUGGAGUUUGCCCAGUUCCCCUUCCUCCUGCGCGGCCUCCAGAAGACUGCAGACUUCGUGGAGGCCAUCGAGGGGGCCCGGGCAGCGUGUGCCGAGGCCGGCCGGGCCGGGGUGCGUGCCUACCCCAGUGGCUCUCCCUUCCUCUUCUGGGAGCAGUACCUGGGCCUGCGGCGCUGCUUCCUGCUGGCGGUCUGCACCCUGCUGCUGUGCACUUUCCUUGUCUGUGCCCUGCUGCUGCUCAACCCCUGGACGGCUGCGCUAAUAGUACUGGUCCUGGCGAUGAUGACUGUGGAGCUCUUUGGCAUCAUGGGUUUCCUGGGCAUCAAGCUGAGUGCCAUCCCAGUGGUGAUUCUUGUGGCCUCCGUAGGCAUCGGUGUUGAGUUCACCGUCCACGUGGCUCUGGGCUUCCUGACUGCUCAGGGUAGCCGGAACCUGCGGGCUGCCCGGGCCCUGGAGCGCACAUUUGCCCCAGUGACUGAUGGGGCCAUCUCCACGUUGCUAGGUCUGCUCAUGCUUGCUGGCUCCAACUUUGACUUCAUCGUAAGGUACUUCUUCGUGGUGCUGACAAUACUUACACUCCUGGGCCUCCUUCACGGGCUUGUGCUGCUGCCGGUACUGCUGUCCAUCCUGGGCCCCCCACCAGAGGUGGUACAGAUGUACAAGGAGAGCGCAGAGGUCCUGAGCCCCCCAGCUCCGCAGGGAGGAGGGCUUAGGUGGGGGGUACCCUCCACCCUGCCCCAGAGCUUUGCCAGAGUGACUACCUCCAUGACUGUGGCCCUCCACCCACCCCCACUGCCUGGCACCUACAUCCACCCAGCCUCUGAGGAGCCUACUUGGUCACCUGCUGCCACACCAGCUGCCAAUGGCCCCAGCAACCUCGGCUCUAGGGGACUGUGUCCAGCCACCGGGUGA